UAUCACUUCACACGCAUCACCUUCUUCCUUCUAAGAACCACAAAAAUGGCUUCUCUCAGCCUCUUUCUCCUCCAAGACCUCGCCGUCGCCAUUAUCAUCUUCUUCACCACUCGCUUCUUCUUCCGCUCUAUCUUCAAAGGCCAUAAUCGGAAGCUCCCUCCCGGCCCGACCGGGUGGCCCUUCCUCGGAGCCCUCCCAAUUCUAGGCCCCAUGCCUCACGUGACCCUCUUCAAGCUCGCCAGAAAAUACGGUCCCGUCAUGUACCUCAAGAUGGGCACCACUGGCAUGGUAGUCGCCUCCACGCCGGACGCUGCUCGCGCGUUCCUCAAAACCCUCGACGUCAACUUCUCAAACCGGCCGCCCAACGCUGGGUCCAUCAUCCUUGGUUACAACGCCGACAUGGUGUUCGCUGACUACGGCUCCCGGUGGAAGCUGGAGAGGAAGAUAAGCAACCUGCACAUGCUCGGCGGGAAGGCUCUGGACGACUGGGCUCAUUUCAGAGUGAUGGAGCUCGGCCACAUGCUGCGAGCCAUGUACGACGCGAGCAAGCAAGGUCAGCCCGUGGUGGUGCCGGAGAUGCUGACAUACGCGAUGGCGAACAUGAUAGGGCAAUUGAUUCUGGGGAAGAGAGUGUUCGAGACGAAGGGAUCGGAGAGCAACGAGUUCAAGGACAUGGUGGUGGAGCUGAUGACCAGUGCUGGGUUAUUCAACAUCGGCGAUUUCAUACCGUUCUUGAGGCGAUUUGAUCUGCAGGGACUAGAGCGAGGAAUGAAGCAGUUGAAUCACAAGUUCGAUGUGUUGUUGACCAAGAUGAUCGAAGAUCAUCAAGCUACGGCUCAUAAGCGAAAGGGCAAGCCUGAUUUCUUAGACAUUGUUACCAAAUACAUGAAGGAAAACCCAGAGGGAGAGCCUCUUACAAUGACCAACGUUAAAGCCCUUCUUCUGAACCUUUUCACAGCUGGAACUGACACAUCAUCAAGCAUCAUAGAAUGGGCCCUAUCAGAAAUGUUGCAGAACCCCUCCAUCAUGAAGCGAGCUCAUGACGAGAUGGACCGAGUCAUCGGCCGUCAACGACGUCUCCAAGAAUCCGACAUUCCUAACCUCCCCUACUUCCAGGCCAUUUGCAAGGAGACAUACCGGAAACAUCCGUCGACGCCGUUGAACCUACCGCGAGUUUCGACGGAAGCAUGCGAGGUGAACGGUUACUACAUACCCAAAGGAACAAGACUGAGCGUGAACAUCUGGGGGAUCGGAAGGGACCCAAAUGUGUGGGACAAGCCAUUGGAGUUCAACCCAGACAGGUUCAUGAGUGGUCGGAACGCCAAGAUCGAUCCUCGCGGCAACGACUUCGAGCUCAUCCCGUUCGGAGCCGGAAGGAGGAUCUGUGCCGGAACCAGAAUGGGGAUCGUUCUUGUCCACUACAUUCUCGGAACCUUGAUUCAUUCCUUUGACUGGAAGCUUCCACAUGGGCUUUCUGAGUUGAACAUGGAAGAAAGUUUUGGUCUUGCCUUGCAGAAGAAAGUGCCUCUUGCUGCUUUGGUCUCUCCGAGGUUGUCUCCUGAUGCUUACAUUCCAUAGAAACGUAGUUAAUUCACGCAAAUGCAUAUGUUUGUGCCUGAAACAUACAUACAUGAGUGUGUGUGUGUUGAAUAACCUGUGAUUCAUCAUCAGUCCUAUGCGUGAGAGUUAUGUCUAUUGAUAUAUUCAGGGAUUGGUAUAAUUAA